AUGAAAAAUUUGGAAAUUCUAUUCAAGAUAAGAAAACACAAUGUUAAAAAUAAAAAUAAAAGGACUAUAGCUGAAGUCAAUGAGGAAUCAGUUAAAUUGGAGCCUGUUGAGUUGGAAGCUGAAGAGACUAAGGAAAAUGUGCCUGGUGCUGUUUUUGAUACUGAAUCAUCGCUGGUAGAUGAUAUUUUGUUAGUAGAAUCAGGAGGAUUAACUUCAAGAUCGCAUGAAACUAGUGAUAGUGGUGGGCAGCAGCAUAAAGAGGGCUGGGCCAUUAGUGGAGACAGUGAAGGGAUUGCAGAACAUUUUCAUGAACUUGUUCCUGACAUGGCACUUGAAUUUCCUUUUGAACUGGAUAAAUUCCAAAAGGAGGUAUUGAUUGUUGCAAAAUUUACAUUGCCAUAUGUUUGCACUAGUAUGUUAGUUAUCAUUGGGUUGAAGUAG